AUGAACGCCUUCACCUCAUCCUCUCUUAAAACCUUCCUCUUCUCGAUUCUCUUUGCCACGUUGCUUGUUCUCACCGCGGGACAGACACCAUCUUCUGGUGAAGACGUUGAGCAGAUUGAGCAGCAGAAAGGGUUUGAAACUCAAGAUGAGUACAUUACACCAGAGAUCGUCGAGCAGACCAAUAACUUCUGGCCCCCAGUGCAUCUUCGUGGACUACGAUCAUCAAACGGAAAGCCAACAUUCAUCAGAUUUGGAAAGAGAGCCUCCCCGUCAUUCAUCCGUUUCGGAAGAAAAUAA